CCUCUCCAACCCUAUCUUUUCCCCCUUCCUUCCCUCAAAUCUCUCGUCUCGUCUCCCGUCGGUGACAGCGGCUGCAAAUCGAAUAGACGGCCGGCGGAUCUCAAGGACCACAAAGAAGAUGAACCCUUCCUGAACAAGCCUAUUAAACAUUAUGAGGAGAUGCUGGUUAUCGUUGGAGCAUGCAUGGCUACGGGGCAAUAUGCAAAAGACUCAAGUGACCCUUUAGCGAUGGAGGUGAUUGAUCUUGAAGAACAGAAAACCAACAAAGUUGUUGCCUCGAAUGAAGAGGUUGCCCAAUCACACAUUUGUGAUGAGUCAGCCGCUCCCAAGUUGAAGAAAGCCAAAACUAAUCCUUCUGCAGAAGAUAGGAUGGUUGCAACUAUAAUGGCUUCAAGUGAAAGGCUUGUUGUUGCCAUUGAGAAACUUGCUAGCGACGUCAACCCCGCCAUUGAUGGUCUUUGGGAUGAGAUGAAAGAACUCCCUGGCUUUGAUGUGGACUCCGUUGCUCAUUACUAUGCCUAUUUGGUUGACAAUCCUCGUGUUGCAACGACAUUCAAGGUUCUGGGGGGUGUUCAAAGAAAGGUUUGGGUCUCUAGGUAUGUGAAGAGUACCUUUCCUGAAGCUGAAGCAUGCUGAUCUUAUAUGGGUGUUUAACUUUACGCUUUUGAUGACAACCAACAAUGGAGCUAUGGGUUGUACGGACUUGUUCUUUUGAUUACAACCAAAACAUUGAACUAUGCAUGGGUUGUAUAACUAUAUAUAUUUGAUCUAGUACUAUAUGGAAUGUCGAACUAUGUGCUCUAUUCACUUGUGUUUUACAUAUGGAAAUGUUGAACUAUGAUGUGUAUUGAAGUUAACAUUUAGCUUGUA